AUACGGAGAAACCGAAAAGCCUAAAGGUACAGCAGCAGACUCUGAAGAGGAUAAUGAAAAGAAAAAUAAAUUAAAAGACAUAAUGAAAGAUGCCUCUGUAACUUUGUGGACUGGCUUGAAAAAUGCAGAGCCUGGAUUCGAUCUUGACGCAAACGAGAUGGAGAAAUUUAAUAUUUGGCCACGUGGAGAUAUACCAUACUAUAUUGAUGAAUAUUCAUUUGACCCAACCCUUCAAACUCGAAUACGUGAUGUCGUGGUAGCUGUAAACAGCGUUACCGGCCUACAUUUUAGUGAAUUGCAAAGUCCACCUAUUGACGACAAAACCCGAUUCGUUUUCUUUAUCAAUCGAAGAGGCGUUUUACCCUGUGUUGACUAUACUAAUAAAAAUUUUACGAACGUAGGUGUACAGAAAGUGGUGUUAGGUUAUGACUGCUUAAGUAUAUUCAAGUCAUUGGGCAGUUUGAUUCUUGCCAUAGCUGGAGUACCACCGCAACAUAACUCACCAGACAGAGAUCGGCAUAUUCUUCUGCAAACGGAAAACAUUCUUCCCGACAAAACUCAUUUAUUUGAGAAAAUACCUGACACCGAGUGGCUGUUCCACGACGUAGAUUACGACUACAAUAGUGCUGGUCAUUACGAUCUUUUCCAAUACACGGCCAACGGUAAAGCGACAAUUAAACUCUCGUUACAGGAUGUGACAUCAUUAGGCGACGAAGGUUUAAGCUACGGUGAUUUAUGGAAAAUAAGAAUGCUUUAUAACUACAUUUCUAGAAAUAGAGCAUCGAUAGGAAAGUCUGAAUGCUCCAAACUAUUCGUUCCUGGGAGUAAAUUUCGUAAAUAUCGCCCUGAUAGCGGUGAAGAUAUUACGCCAAGAAAGAAACCGAAUAAGUAUUUGGGCAUUGAUGAAAAGGCUCCUGAAAAGACCUCCGCUGAAGAGCACAGUGGUGAGUUACCGGAUGGAAUGCACUUUAGUCAUGAUGGCAUCCAUGAAGACAGCACUGAGAAAGAAGAAAACACGAUUUUUAGAACUCACAUACGCACAUAAAAGAACGUGCAUGACACUAAUGACAAGAAGGUUUUCUAACCUCUUCGUCUCUUAUUAGGGGAGUUUGUAAUUUAAAAGUGCUUUUAUGCAAUAAACAAUAUUAUUUGUUUAAAUAAAUUGAAAGUUCUACCCGA